AUGAAGGCGAACAAAGAGAAUUCAAGCCCUUCAGUCCCAUCAGCAAACAUGGACCACAUAAAGCCAUGUUGGUACUGGGAUAAGAAGGACUUGGCUCAUACACCCUCCCAGCUUGAAGGACUUGAUCCAGCUACUGAGGCCCAGUACCGCCGAGAGGGGGCUAGCUUCAUACUUGAUAUGGGCACACAUUUGGGCUUACCCUAUGGCACCAUAGCAACAGGAAUCAACUAUUUUCAUCGAUUCUAUAUGUUUCACUCCUUCAAGCAAUUCUCACGCCAUGUAACAGGAGCUGCCUGUCUCUUUCUGGCUGGGAAAGUAGAGGAGACACCAAAAACAUGUAACGAUAUCAUCAAAGCAGCUCAUAGUUUAUUAAGUGAUGUCAAGUGUGGUGAGUUUGGAGAUGAACGGGUGAAAGAAGUCUUGGUGCUGGAGAAAAUCUUACUACAGACCAUACAGUUUGAUUUAGAAGUAAAGCAUCCAUACCAGUACCUACUCAGAUAUGCAAAGCAGCUCAAAGGUCAUAAAGAAAAAAUUCAGAAGUUGGUUCAAAUGGCAUGGACCUUUGUAAACGACAGUCUCUGUACCACCCUAUCACUGCAGUGGGAACCAGAGAUCAUAGCUGUAGGGGUAAUGUAUCUUGCGAAACAUUUGUGCAAAUUCAAAAUUCAAGCGAUGACCUCCAGACCCAUGUACAAAAGGUGGUGGGAAUAGUUUGUUCAAGAUCUCUGUGUUGACAUUCUGGAAGACAUCGGCCACCAAAUCCUGGAUCUUUACACACAAACAGAACAAGAGAGGCCUCAUCAUGCCCUUCCUCAGCUGCAGCAGCCCCCAUCCCUUCAGCCUGCACCACAAGUCCCACAGCCACACCCAUCGCGAGGCUCUGAGGCAGCACAGCCCCAGCAGAAGGAGCAGCAGCAGCACCAGGAGCAAACACCGAAGCCCAAGACGCCGCCCCCACAGCCUAGUCCUCCAAGAGAAGCUGAGCACACCAUGGUGGAAUAUCCUGAGGAAGAGAACAAAGCCACAGCACCACCACCUAAAAUUCCCAGACUUGAGACCACUCCCCUACCCUUGCCUCCAGACUGGAAGCCUCCCAUUGCUCCUGCCUUAGACUGGAAGCCUCCCAUUGCUCCUGCCUUAGGUGAGGCUGAUGCCGGCAACCCAGUGGCAGCAAGUGACCUCCCCAAAGUCCAGAUUCCUCCUCCAGCCCACCAGGCCCCUGUGUACCAACCACCAUCACUGGGGCCUCCACCGCCACUGCCCUACAGCUACGUGACUGGGAUGUCUAGCACCAGCUCUUACAUGUCUGGAGAGGGCUGCCAGGACCUGCAAUACAUAAUGGAAAGUGAGGGUCCCCACUACAGUGCUCUGUGCCCAGCCUAUGGGCCAUGUGCUCACCUUCCCUACCAGCCCCAUGUCUACUCCUCCAACCCACCUCCACCUCCACCUCCUGUUUUUCCUCCCCCAUCUUCCUUCCUCCCACCCACUAUUCCUCCCCGUAUCCCAUGCUACCCUCCCCUUCUCCCUCACAACAACCCCAAUUUUCCACCCCCACCUCGAUGCCUGCUACCCAUUCAUGUAGCCCCUCCUCACCCUCUUCGAGGUUUGGGUUUUCCACGAGUUAGCUACCUGCCUGCUGCUAUUCCCCCUGAGGGGCAGCAUGCUAUUCCCCCUGAGGGGCAGCUCGCUGUUACCACACUUAUCCCCCACCUGGCAAGCUGCCUGUCAGGGGGAUAG